UCACUCCGAGUGCAUUGCUGUUUACAUUCAUUCCGUGUUUUAUUUUUAAACGAUGUUGUUUUUCUCGCUGAAAUAAACCAAAAACAAAUUACGGAUCUUGUGAUGGUCUCCACCGCUACGGAUUUUACGUCUCUUGAUGAGAGCGAUUGCAAGGAAGCACUGGACAAAAUUCGUUUUUAUAUUGCAAACUAUGAGCAACUGUGCCGCUUGUGCUUGACCAACGAUCGCCUGGUAAAUCUGUUCUCAAAUGCUCACGGCAGGAAUGUGUUCUGUGUUAGGAAUUUUAUUAAAGAAUCACUCCGGAUGUUGGGACAAACUAUUAACGAGGAGGACAGGCUGCCAAAUUUCAUCUGCGAAAAGUGUGAACGGAAUCUGAACAUAAUAUUUAAUUUCAAGAAACAAUGUGAAGACUCCAGGAGAAUUUUGGAAAAGGUACGGGAUAAGACCAUUGCACCGGAUGAUUUGAGAAAAUCUGAUCAUAGUCAAGCUGAAGUAAAUGACCUCCAGAGUUGGGAGGAAACGAACAAUGUCGGGUCGUUUUAUGAGGAAUCCUCGAAGAAGAGCAUUACCGUUGAAAAAGUUGAAGGAAAUGUCAGGGUGGAAAAGCCAUGUGAAGGGACGGAUAUAAUAGAACCAUACUCAAAUGAGAUCAAACAGGAAGAUUGCGGUUCUGGAUUUCUAUUUGUGAAAACAGAAUACAACAUAGAACAAAAUGAUAUCACAAAUUUGGUCGAAAAAAAGUGUACUGUGAAUCAAGAAGAUUUUACAGAAAAUCGUGAUAAAUUUGAACAAACUGUCAGGGUGGAAGAAUCGUUUGUCGAAACAGUUGCAGUAAAGACAGAACCAAAUGAGAUCGAACAGGAAAUGAGCGAUUUAGGAAUGCUAUUUCUAGGAACGGAAUAUAACAUAGAACAGAAUGAUGCCACAAAUCUGUUCGAAGAGAGCUAUACUGUGAAACAGGAAGAAUUUCUAGAAGAUAAAUGUUCGGAUGUGGAAUGGAGUCCGGACAAAUUGAAACAAACGAAUUAUGUGGUGCUUGGAGAGACUGAAAAAAACACACGUGAAGCAAAAAAUGUACGAAGGACACGAAGGAAGAAGAUUGCCUUGAAAAAUUGUUUCAAAAAAACCUCCAAAGUUAAAACAAUUUGCACCGUUUGUGGAGCGCUAGUUCAAAACAUUCAAAACCAUAUGGUAAUCCAUGAAGAAAUUCGUCCACACCAAUGUGCUGAGUGUCCGAAAAAUUUCACGAAUCGGAACAAACUACAAACUCAUAUUAACAGUGUACAUCUGAAGAAAAGAGAUUAUGAAUGUGAAAUUUGCGGCAAAGCCUACUUGGAGAGAAAUAAUCUCAGAAGACACCUUCGUUUCCACCAGGGCGAGCCGAAGUUCAAAUGUGAUUUAUGCCCGGAAGCGUUCCAGUUCGCCGAUAAAUUACGCAGCCAUACACUACUGACACAUACUGAGGCCAAAAAACAUGAAUGCCACGUUUGUGGAACAAUGUUCCUCCUGGAAUCCACACUGAACAAACACCUGAAAUUGCACAACAACGAUAGACCUCACAAAUGCGAAUUUUGUGAAAAGACCUUUCGAUUGGCUUCGUGUAAAGUUAUCCAUAUGCGAACGCACACGGGCGAAAAGCCAUUACUAUGUCGAAUAUGUGGAAUUGGGUUUGCUCACCACAAAGCUCGUAGUACACACAUGGAAACGGAGCAUGCGGAAGAACUGAUCGCAAAGAAAAAGGCAAGAUGCAGGAUGAAAUCGAAAAACGUUGAAACAAAUUGCGAGGAAUUUUCUAAGAAACUACCACAAAGCAUAAACGUUGGAAAGGUUCAAGCAACUUCCAAGAUGGAAGAAACAUGUGAAGGAAUUGGUGCAGGUCAAGCAGGAUCAGAUGAGAUCAUACAAGAAGUUGCCGAUCUAGGAGUACUUGGUGUUUUGAGAACAGAACACAGCAUAGAAAAUAAUGAUAUAACAAAUCCAACCAAAGAGGAUUAUUCUGUGAAGCUGGAGCAUUUAACAGAAAACAAAGAAUCGCUAAAGGAUGAAUGUCCGGAUGAGGAUUGGAAUCGGGAUAAACUGAAACAAACAAACGAUUUGUUAUGUGCAGAGUCUGAAAAGGGCACCACUGGAGCGAAAAGGGAACGAAGGACACGGAGAAAGAAGAACACAGAGAAGGAUUGUUCCAUAAAAAUACCCAAAGAAAAAACAAAAUGUCCCAUUUGUGGAUCGCUACUUCGCAACAUUAGGGCUCAUAUGUUAAUUCAUGAAAAAGUUCGCCCACAUCAAUGUACGAAGUGUCCGAAGAACUUCACGUCUAGCAACAAGUUACAAUGCCAUAUCAAUGGUGUCCAUCUGAAAAUAAGAGAUCAUGAAUGUGAAAUUUGCGGCAAAGCAUACUCGGAGAAAAACAAUCUCAAAAGACACCAAAGCCGUGUGCACGGGGACGAAGUAUAGAUGUGAUCUGUGUUCUGAAAAAACGUCCCUGUUCGCUGAAAUGGCACGCUCCCAUGAACUAUCUUAUACUCAGGAAAAAAAAUGGAUGGGUUAUAUAUAUGAUAUAACCGCAAGGUGUACGUGGACUACCGUUGGCUUAGUUAUCAUUUGUUUGUAUUGAUUAAAUUAUUGAUUGAAUGAAACAGUUUUCGAAUUCAAUUGAA